AGCUCGGGCGACGACUCGGAGGAGGCGGGCGGCCCAGGCCCUAGGCCCCUCCCAGGCUGUGAGUCUCCCGGCUGCAGGCGGAUGGAUGGGGCGUCUCCAGGCGGCGGCGGCAGCAGCGGAGGCGGCGGCAGCGGCGGUGGCUAUGGUGUGGUGGCUCGAUUCUCCCAGUGCCUGGCUGAGUUUCGGACGUGGUUAAGAACCAACUGGUUGAGGUUCAAUGCAGACAAGACGGAUGUGAUGCUGAAAAUGUGCAUCAGAUGUUUAUGUUUAAUUGGUUUACAGACUGUCUCUGGAUUCUUUUCCUGUCAAAUUACAAGCCAUCUGUUGAGUCUUCAAGUCCAGAAAUGGAUGAAAUGUUUGACUGCCCCUGAAAGUCCAGGAGGCUCAGCAACAUCAGAGGACCAUGAGUUUGAUCCAUCAGCUGACAUGCUGGUUCAUGAUUUUGAUGAUGAGCGCACAUUAGAAGAAGAAGAAAUGAUGGAAGGAGAGACAAACUUCAGUUCUGAAAUAGAGGAUCUUACAAGGGAAGGCGACAUGCCAAUCCACGAGCUUCUUAGCCUCUAUGGUUACGACAGCACUGUUCGCUUACCUGAAGAAGAGGAGGAGGAAGAGGAAGAAGAGGAGGAAGGUGAAGAUGAUGAAGAUGCUGAUAAUGAUGACAACAGUGGCUGUAGUGGGGAAAAUAAAGAGGAGAAUACAAAGGAUUCAUCGGGUCAGGAGGAUGAAACUCAGUCUUCCAAUGAUGAUCCCUCACAGUCUGCUACUUCCCAAGAUGCUCAGGAAAUAAUUCGCCCACGUCGAUGUAAAUAUUUUGAUACAAAUAGUGAAAUAGAAGAAGAAUCUGAAGAAGAUGAAGAUUAUAUUCCAUCAGAAGACUGGAAAAAGGAAAUCAUGGUGGGCUCCAUGUUUCAAGCUGAGAUUCCAGUUGGCGUUUGUAGAUACAAAGAAAAUGAAAAAGUAUAUGAAAACGAUGAUCAGCUUCUAUGGGACCCAGAAUAUUUACCAGAAGAUAAAGUGAUUGUAUUUCUUAAGGAUGCAUCUAGAAGAACAGGUGAUGAGAAAGGUGUAGAAGCAAUUCCUGAAGGAUCUCACAUAAAAGACAAUGAACAGGCUUUAUAUGAAUUGGUUAAAUGCAGUUUUGAUACAGAAGAAGCCUUGAGAAGAUUGAGAUUUAAUGUCAAAGCAGCUCGAGAGGAAUUAUCUGUGUGGACAGAGGAAGAGUGUAGAAAUUUUGAACAAGGACUUAAGGCCUAUGGAAAAGAUUUUCAUCUCAUCCAGGCUAAUAAAGUACGAACAAGAUCAGUUGGUGAAUGUGUAGCAUUCUAUUACAUGUGGAAAAAAUCUGAGCGCUAUGAUUUCUUUGCUCAGCAAACAAGGUUUGGAAAAAAGAAAUACAAUCUUCAUCCUGGUGUAACGGAUUACAUGGAUCGUCUUUUGGAUGAGAGUGAAAGUGCUGCUUCUAGCCGAGCACCAUCUCCUCCCCCUACUGCCUCCAAUAGUAGUAACAGCCAGUCGGAGAAAGAAGACGGCACUGUCAGCAAUAGCAAUCAGAAUGGUGUGUCAUCUAAUGGACCAGGUGAAAUACUAAACAAAGAAGAAGUAAAAGUUGAAGGCUUACAUGCUAAUGGACCAACAGGUGGAAAUAAGAAACCACUUCAUACAGAUAUGGACACUAAUGGUUAUGAAGCAGAUAACCUGACCACUGACCCAAAACUUGCCCAUAUGACUGCAAGAAAUGAAAAUGAUUUUGAUGAAAAAAAUGAGAGACCUGCCAAAAGGCGACGGAUAAACAGCAGUGGGAAGGAAAGUCCGGGUUCAUCUGAGUUUUUCCAAGAAGCAGUUUUGCAUGGAAAACUUGAGGAACAUGAGAACACAAGCGACUGAGUCCUAGGCUUUGAUAUUUCUUUGCAGUGAAUUCUGGUGUGACUGCAAUUUUCAGGGUUGGUGGGUGACCUUUAGAAAGCUGAUUUCCUUGAAGCAGUUGGUUAAAUCUUGACAUUUGAAUUGAGUCCUAACUUUAAGAAAUAUGAUUCAUAAUUCCACCUUUUGCAAGUUCUUUCACUUCACUGUUAAGGAUAUAAAACAUUGGUAACUUUGAAUGACCCAAAGACUUAACCUGUACCUUCUCACUUGAGAUACUAAUCAUAAAUUUGACUAAAAGUUAAUUUUUCCUUUUUUUUUUUUUUUUUUUUGAUGAGGAAGAAUAGCGGGGGGAAAAAAUCAAGUUUGUGUUUCUGCUCAACACCAAUAUUUUUACUAUCUAGAAAUGUCUUUACAGCAGACAUUUUUCUCUCCAUACAAAUUGAACUAAGGAAACCCUCAUGAAUCCUGAAGGUUAUGCUAGCAUGAUUUUUAUAUGUAGAAGUUUAAAAAUAAACCAAGUCAGGUUUGUAUUUGUAAAAUUGUUGACAUCAAUGAUGUCUUUCCAUAUUCUUAUCUGGGCUUAAGAAAUACAUUCUGUAUUUUUCCAGAUUCUUUGUAGCCUUUGAAAGAUUUUUACAGUACAUAUGUCUUGACUGAGCUGUCCUUUCUUAAUACAAAAAGCUUGUAUAAUUUUCUUAACUUGUACAGUUGGUGAACUUUUAUGAGAGGAACUGAUACUCUGAGUCUGUCAGCUUUCAUUUUAUUUUGCUAAGAUUUUUCUAAUGAAUUUUUAAGUGUGUGUAGUUAACAAGUCAUGUUUCUUAUCCAGGUGGUAAAAGCAUCCAUAAAGAAUUAUGAACAUAUUUUUUUUUCAAACUUCUACUUAUGGACAAAUAAUUUGGGACUCCUGGAGUUCAGCAUGAUACUCAGAUUGCAAGUUUGUUUGCAUUUACUAUAAUUUUUAAGAUUAUUUUUAAGGCAAACAAAGACUGACCGUCAGCUUCAGUGCACAAAUGCCCCGUGCUGCAUAGAAUCUAUGCAUUACUCUCAUGCACUGUAGCACUGCCCACUGUUUUCAUGACGUCAGCAGAAAGGAAAGGUCCACUGAUGAGAUUGUCACUUCUGGUUACAACUGUUGACAAGUAGCAAUAUUGAUUUUUAUGAGAAGAUAAUGGUUUUAAGAAUUUUCAGACCUUUCUAGUUACAACCAGUUUGUCAGAUUUGAUACUGUUUUUCCAAAAUGAAACAGAUACAAAAUAAUGGUUGUUCUGUGUGAUUUUUCUUUUAAAGGAAUUAUCUGUGUGCACUAACCUUGUAAGGAUGGGUGCCAUUUUAUUCUUAGUAUAAAAUUCUUAUGAAAUGUAAUUUUAUACAGCUGAUAAAUCAGUCUAUCUCUAAACUGUUUUUUGUCUUUUUUUUUUUUUUAAGUAAAGGAUUAUUAGCUACCUUUUGUCACACAGACACAUUUUCAAAUGCUGCUUCAGUUUGUUCCCAACCAUCAGUUCAAGAGCCAAUGCUUUUAAUGACAGAUCUGUGGUCCUUUUACUGACUCAGUUGUCUGAUACAGCUUGGGUAAAGGUUUGCACUGAGAAUGACCGUCCAGGCCUCAUCCCCCAGAGUGUUCUUAAAUUUGUUCAGACUGCUUCCCGUCACCAGUGGGAACAACCUUUUCUUUUCCCCAGUCAGUAUUGGAAGCCACUUUGACAACACAUCAUAUAAUAUGCAUUUACUGUUUUUACAUAAAUAUCCCAAUAAAUCAGUUUCUGAUGGAAGUGCUGAGAAGCAUGAGGAUUUUUUGUUUAUUUGUUUUACCGAAAAAAAUUAAUUUAUCCAGAAUGGCAGUAGGUCAAGUAGCUUUCGCAGAUAGCCAUGGCCCCUGUCUCCCUGCCCACCCCCACCCACCCAUUUCUCUUUUCCCCUCCCUCUGUACCUCCUCCCUCUCCCUCUUUCUCUCCUUUCUCCCCUUUUUUAAGACAGAGUCUCAGUGUGUAGCUCAGGGUGACCUGGAACUUAACAAUCCUCCUACCUCAGCCCUGAUACUGAGAUUGGAGGUGUUUCCCACCACACCCAGAAAAUAGAAAUCUAUUUCUAAAGCAGAUUUUAUUAAAUGAGUCCAAGCCAUCCUAGCUCUUUGUCACAGAUGGUCUAUAGGAAUGUUUUAAAAGAACAGUGUAGCCGGGCGGUGGUGGCGCACGCCUUUAAUCCCAGCACUCGGGAGGCAGAGGCAGGCGGAUCUCUGUGAGUUCGAGACCAGCCUGGUCUACAAGAGCUAGUUCCAGGACAGGCUCCAAAACCACAGAGAAACCCUGUCUCGAAAAACCAAAAAAAAAAAAAAAAAAAAAAAGAACAGUGUAUGUGCUUCUCAAUCAUUGCAAUAUUGGAGGUGUCAUGUCUACGUUUUUAAAGAUCAUCUGGUACGCAAGUUUGUGGAGUUGUUGAAACUUGUUACAGGAACAUUUUAAGGAAAUUCUCAGGCAUGAUGGCAAAUGUGCCAGAUAUAUAAGUCUUAAUAAAUCUUCCUUUUCUUUUUAAAGUAUACAUAAUGAAAGACAUUCCACUAAUAUGUGAUGCUCAGCUUUCCCCAAAUACUUUAUUGUGUUCUAUGUUCCUACAGGGAUUUCACCCUUUGUCAAUGCAGCCACUGUAACUUGAGAAGUCAUUGCACUAUGUAAACAUCUUGACAAUGUCAUGAAUCUGAUUUGCUUAAGAUUUAGUAUAUUUCAUAACUCUUGGGCUCUUAGUUGAGAUGAGAAAAGCCUUCAUUAUGGGCAGGGAGUGUUGCUCAGUUGGUUGAAUGCUUGCACCAGCAUGCAUGAAGCCUUGGGUUCCAUCCCCAGUACUAUAUAAGCUGGGUGUGGUGGUGAAUGCCUGUAACCCCAGCACUUGGGAGGUGGAGGCAAGAGAAUUCAGAUGUUCAAGGCCAUCCUCAUCUACUUUGUGAGUUUGAGGCCAGCCUGAGACACUGUCUCAAAAAGAAAAAUCUGUGUUGGUAGUUAUUAAGGUCCUAGCAAAGCACUGUCAUUUUUAUUUGGAAUAUAUAAUAUUUUACGAUAUAUUCUCAAUAAGGUUCAGAAUCUGUAACUCAGUUCAACAAAAUCUGUUGAGCUUUAAAAUGCAUUUGAAGUAAUAUUUAAGUAGGCAUUUAAAAUUAUGAAUUAGAUGUUUUUAAAUUUCUGCAUAAUAAUUUUGCACUGUAAAAUAUGUCCCUUCUCCCAUUUCCUUCUGCCAUUCUGAUAUACUCAUUAAAGUAUUUUUGUA